UAAGAUAGUUUGCUUUUUUCAGUGAAGUGAACUUUGAAACGCAAUGGGGUAACGUACAGAUAGCCGAAACAUUUUUUAUCCGGCUAAACACGCACCUCAAAAUAAUUUCUACCAACGUCACGUCACGUAAAAUGUUCAGGAAUAAUUAUCAGGGUGGCGCUGUGGUCGAGGUCUUCAGUGGACAGGGUAAAGACCCUGCAGCCAAGUGGAAACUCUGCGGAGGGCCGUCAGCCAUACACAAGGAGUAUAAUAAAGAAGUGAAAGGAUUUGUUUACUGUCUGGAGGGUAGCAGCCAGACUGUCAAGAUGCAAAUGCCAGAGAAUGGGAAAAUAUCUCUUGGGCUUCUCCAAAGAUUUUUGGUCCUUCAAGUGAAUAUUCCUCAGUGCAAAGAUUUCUCCAUUGAGCUUGCGAUAACUGAUUCAGAGCACCUGAAAAGAAGACUUCAUCUAUCAACAGUGCAUAAAGAAUUGUCUGCCACACUUUUGCAUGCAAAGAUUCCUUUUGUAGGCCUGCAACGCAAUAUUUGGUUAACUUUGUGCAUCGACCUUGUAUCAUUCACCGAUGAACUGUUCAAGGGAUUUUUGACACUGGAUGGCAUCACUUUGUUCGCUACCUGUAAAGUCCGCAGAAUAUUCACCAUGAAAACAGAGCCUACAGCAAUGUCAGAUAAUGAUAUGUUUCUCGGUGGAGCUGGUCUCAUGGACCUAAUCCCUCGCAGUUGCCAAUUCCCACCAGAUGUCAACCAUGUCACUCAAGUGCUGAACAUGGAGAAUUUGCAGAAGGCAGAUAUGAGGGCUGCACUGUUGAGCUCUGACUGUGUUCCUGAUCAGUCUGCCACUGCCAGAUCAACCAGUUACCGAAGAACAAGGCCCCAGGGUGUUGUACACACAGCCUCUGGCUCCAGGGUAACAGGACCACCUCCUCAAACUGGAAGAAAAAUCAGUGCAGCCUCAGACGGAAUGGAUAGAAGUGUUCUCUUUAUCUCAAAUACGGGAUCCCCGUCCAGUAGAAUGAACCAAAAAGCCCCUGCAGAAAGCCGGAGCAUUGCCAACCUGAGUGAGAACUUAUCAAACGGAGAACCUACCCACAUUCUUCUUGAGGGAACAUCUGGCAGUGUACAGCCCCAUCCCCCAAAAGACAGAGUGUUUGACAAGGUGGGAUCUCAGAAGCUACGGGUCUUCAGUGCUGGAAGAGAGAGGUUAGCAUCGUCAGCCCCCUCAAAUGCUGUCCCUGGUGGCCACCGAAAGAGAAGUAAAACAAGGGAAGAGGGCACUCCUCCCUCCAGUAGGCAAGACAGCAGGCAACAACGCCUGACCCUAACAGAAAAGACACAGCACCUAACAGCAGAUGAUAGUAGUCCUGCCAAGGACAGUCCAGGAGCUGCUCCCACACCAGCAGAGUCUCUCUCCUUCUCGAUAUGCCCAGGUUUGUCUUGUGACCUGCAGGUCUGUAGCAGCUGGGAGAGUAAUGAGGGGUCCGAGCCCCAGCUCACUCUGCAAGACGAGGUGUUCAUUUUCUUAUCCCAGCCACACUCACCCAAACGAGGGCAAGGCCAGGGUGACCAGGAGAAGAUGGAGAUGGGAAAUGAUCAGGCUCAGGGUAAAAGUGGAAGGCGAUGUGAGGCCCAGCCUGAAGAUGACUUCAUCGGCAGUGAAAGUGAUGAGGAUAAGAGCUACACCAUGUUCCAGCAUCAAAGAACCAGUGUUGAGUCCAGCCCUGCUACCUCCACAUCUCCCAAUCCAACUUUGGAUGUGCAUCUUGAAGUCCAUCCUGAAACUCAUCACAAAGACCAAACAACACCACAGGAGCCAGCUACCACCGCUCUGCAGUCUCCUUCCAGUGGGAGAACCGAACCAGCUGGGAUUGUGCCCACACGCUGCCUCUCACCCAGUGCGACACCCAGCAGACAGAAACACAAUUGUGACUCACAUAGAUCAGGGAUAGUGAACCAGGUUGUGGCUGGGAACAGCAGUGUAUCACUUUCUAGAAGACUCCUGCAAGAAGUCAAAUUGGAUGACUUAACACAGCACAAGGAAGAAGACAAUCCACUGAAGCCUGUUGAAUCCCGCAGUUACAGUUUACACCUGCUUAGCAGUCUACAAAUGUGUGGAGAUGAUGAUGAGGAGCUUCGAAUGCUGGCAAGUCUAAAAAGGGAGCAGGAGGAAGAUGAAUGUAGAGCCUCGGGCCUCAGUGCAUCUCAGAUCCACCAGUGUAACGUGAGCGUCAGCAUGAGCAGUGACGACACCUCGACCUGGACCCACAUCUCUAUGCCAGCUAAUCAGGGUCACCACUAUCAGAAGGAAAUGAACCCCCUCCUUCAAUCAAACCCCAGGGAGUGGAUGGAUGUGCUCAGCCCUCCUAUUAUGCCUCCCAGCCAGCGGAGAAGGUCAGGCAACACAUGGAGCAAUCGGGGAAAUCUAAUCGGAGAAGGGGAUGAGACCAUGAAAGAAGAGGAGAAUGAGGACGAGUAUUUGAAUCUGCUCUAUGAUCCUUGCCUGAACUGCUAUUUCGAUCCAAAGACGGGGAAGUACUAUGAACUAGCUUGACUCAAAGCUCAAGAGAAUCCGGAUUAAUAAAUCAGAAGUCAUUGAUGGGAUGAAUGGCUUCAGGAUGUUUUUUUUAGGCCUAGCUUAUUGAUCAGUAAUGAAUUCCCCAAUUCACAAAAACCCUUCCAUAUUGUUGCUUUUGUUUUUGAGAGAAUAACAGAAGCUUUGUGUCUCCAUAAGAAGAGUCAUGUAAGUGUGUAAAUGGAUGGGAUUCAAUAAAUCAGAUACAUGCACAAAGUGAGUUGUUGCCCAUUCAGUAGCACAUCUGAUGGUAGAGAGAUUCCUUUCAGAUGUCUUGGCUAGCAAAUUAAUAUGUAAGCCUUUUGAAAGAACAUCCUGGAGCUUCUUUUUACUCAGAAGAUUUCUUACAUUUGAAUUUAGCUUGGAUUAAUAUUACA